AUGCCCCCACCUUACAACAGCAACACCACUACGCCGGAGCUUGUUUCUGACUACGCGUCGUUAAUUAAGGGAAAAGUGAUUCUAACAACGGGCGUCUCUUCAGGAAGUCUGGGUGGAUUUUUUGUAGCGUCAAUUGCUGCUGCGGACCCAGCAUGUCUCAUUCUUGCUGCCCGCGAUUCGAAAAAGCUGACUCGGUUGGCUACAGAAAUUACUACCACCUACCCAGCUGUCAAGGUGCGGACGCUGGAAAUCGACUUAAGCUCGCUGACAAGUGUGCGAGCUGCGGCUGCUGAACUUAAUGGGUGGGAUGACCUUCCCGCCAUCGACGUGCUUGUUAACAAUGCCGGAAUCAUGGCAGUGGAGUAUCAACUUUCACCAGAGGGAUUCGAAUCCCAGCUGGCUACGAACCAUUUGGGCCCGUUCCUCUUUACGAACCUGAUCAUGGAGAAAAUCGUAGCUGCCUACCAUCCUCGCAUUGUGGUUGUCAGUAGUGAUGGCCAUCGCUUCAACCCUUUCCGGUUUGAUGAUUAUAAUUUUGACCAUGGAAAAGAAUAUAACAAAUGGCAUGCUUAUGGGCAGAGCAAAACUGCCAAUAUCCUCUUCGCUAUUUCACUAGCUCAGAAACUUGGCUUAAAACAUAAACUACUAGCAUUCAGUCUUCACCCAGGUGUUAUAUUGACUAAUUUGGGCAGUCAUUUAGACUGGAAUGUGGAGCCAAACGAAAUCCGGAACAUAGACAGAUUUCUAGGUAAUGCUGAAGGAUGGAAAGGUGUCACUAUAAAAUCAUUGGAGCAAGGCUCGGCUACCCAUACCUAUGCCGCAUUUGACCCAAGCCUCAAGGCCAACAAUGGAGCCUACUUACUUGAUUGUCAUGUGGCAGACCCCUUAGAAGACACUGUCAGAUCUUGGGCUACCAGUAGCUUUGAAGCAGAGAGGCUAUGGAGACUGAGUGAGAAGCUGGUUGGGCAGGAGUUUUCAUAUUAG